GAUUUUCGAUUCUUCCUCGAGCCUUCCUUUCUUCUUCUUCUUCUCCAAGAAGAUUUUGAUCAUCUCCUUACUCUCUCCAUGUCAAGUUCUGGUGCUCCUUCUCGCAAGACUCUGAGUAAGAUCGCGACUAAUCGUCUUCAGAAAGAGCUUGUUGAAUGGCAGAUGAAUCCACCCACUGGUUUCAAACACAAGGUCACUGAUAAUCUCCAAAGAUGGAUUAUUGAAGUUAUUGGAGCUCCAGGAACUCUAUAUGCCAACGAUACCUAUCAGCUUCAAGUUGAUUUUCCAGAGCAUUAUCCUAUGGAAUCCCCACAAGUGAUUUUUCUUCAUCCAGCUCCUCUGCAUCCUCACAUUUAUAGCAAUGGGCAUAUUUGUUUAGAUAUUUUGUAUGAUUCGUGGUCUCCAGCCAUGACGGUUAGCUCUAUCUGCAUCAGCAUCCUCUCCAUGCUCUCAAGCUCGACUGAAAAGCAACGACCAACCGAUAAUGAUCGAUAUGUGAAGAAUUGUAAGAACGGAAGAUCUCCCAAGGAGACCCGAUGGUGGUUCCACGACGAUAAAGUGUAAACCUCAGAUCAACCAUAAAAAUGUAAAAAUAAUCCGAAACUGUCUCGAGGUUUGUUGUCUAUUUUUAAAUUUAAUCGGGUUUAAGCUGUCCCAAACCCAUCUCCAAAAUCCGUGAUGUAUAAAAACAACACAAUAAAUUUGACUAAUUUGA